AUGGCACCGCAGCAGCAACCUCAACAGCGACAUGCUGCCGGGUUCGAGUCGAAGAAACGCAAGGAAGCCCCCACGAAUCAUCAGCACUCGCAGAGUAACAAUUCUCACAAAAAGCAUAAGCCGGACCAACGGUCCAAAAUGCGCGAUGCUCGCACGCUGUCCGCGCAGAGCUCUUUCAAAGCGUUCAAAAAUGGCGAGCUGGACGUUGACAAGUUUGUCAAGGCCCGCGAAUACGAGAUUAGGGCGCUGGAGGAAGGCAUGUCUCAGAGCAAAAAAGCUCUCACGAAGAGAGCCUUUCAGCAAGUGCCCAAGGACCUGCGAAGGCGCACGGCAAGUCACAAUGUAAAGAAGGUACCGAAACGACUACAAGCGCGGGCCAAGAGAGAGAUGGUAGAGGACCAAACUCCCACAAUCACAGCCCGAAGGAGGAAACCUACAAGKCAUAUGCGUCUUCGAUUGGAGACAUUGAAAAAGCUACGAUCCCUUGGCGUUCAACAGAGAGCUCAGAAGAAUGCGGUACAUGUAACCGGGAAUCAGUCGCCGAGAUCCACCCCGGACGCUUCGAAGUGUAUAACGCAGUCGAAUGAGAAGACUGGUGCGAUUGCCACACGUACCCCGAGAGUAAAGCAAGCGAAACUCGCAUCUGCCCCAGUGGCCAAAGCUAAGUUUCGCAAGCGACAAUUUCACAAGACUUGGCUGCCCACGCAUAUGUUUCAUGCGAAGCGUGCUCGCAUGUCGCCUCCUAGUGAUCCACUCUGGCGGUUUGCCCUGCCAAUGACCCCAACCGCGAAAUGCUACAGGCCAACCCAUCGAGCUGCCAACGAGCGUGGCGCCGUUGCCUGGGACAUGAGCUAUGUUUCAACGCUGGGGCUGGAAGGCCAGGAGAGGAGCAUCGAGAGUGCUCUCAAAGCUCUUGGGGUUGGAUCUCGUCCACAGAGUGACGGUCUUUGGUCCGGGAAAGGCAAGAAGUGGCGCAGCGGUACAAGAGUGUGGGAAGGUCUUAUGUAUGAGCGCGAGAGCCCACACAGGGCAAUUGCCCCCGUGACAGUGAUUUGGUCUGCCUUGGGCAAGCAGAAUGCUGAUGUAGACGCCGAACAGCGGAAACGCAAAGUAUUCGUGCGAGUCCAUCCUUCCGCGUUCCUUCAACUCUGGCAAGAGUUGGUCCGGCUGUCUAAAGUCGCAAAGCCGCAGCUCAGUGUUGAGGACCUUCGAUUCGAAAUCGGGAGUAUUGAAGUCACGGGUCCCGGUUCUACGGAAGCUCUUUUGGGUGCUCUAUGGCCAUCGCCGGUCGCCGAAGAGCAUGCUAAAGGUAGCGUCCAGAGCACAUGGCAAGCACUGGCAGGACUGACCAACCCUUCUGGACUUCCCCCUGGAGCGCUCCUCGCAUUCGAUGUCCAAGACCCACGGCUGCAUCACCCGCCACGAACAAUCAAGAUGCCAAGCACGACGGCUGAGCAGCAGCGUUUGUUGGRGCUAACGACUUCCUGGCCCGUUGACCUUGAGCAGAGAACGCCUGCUCUCUUCGACAGACAGUCGCGGCGUUCGGCUUCUUCCAAAUUACAGAGUCAAAGAGCCAUUAAUCGUCGCAAGACUCUGGCUCCUCCUGGUCAUUUCCCCGAUGCUGCUGAGAACGAUCCGCGGAUUCCAAUCAUGUUGUAUUGUACAGCCACAGCAAAUGGUAAGCAAGGGAAAUGGACAGUGCUUCUUCCCUGGAAGUGUGUACAGCCUGUGUGGUAUAGUAUCAUGUACUACCCGCUGUCUACAGGCGGCCAGCCACGUUUCGGUGGCAUUGUAGAAAAGCGACAACUGUCGUUCGAAACUGGAACGCCAAACUUUCCGGAAGACUUUCCUGGCACGAAAGCGGGCCUGCAAUGGGAGAUGCAGGAGCGGGAGAAGCGACAAGCCGAAUGGAAUCGACGACCAAAGAGCAAGCGUGUCAAUUGGGAUGUAGUAGACAUAGGCAAUGGCAAGAAGGGCGAGAUAGGCGAAGGGUGGGCCUGCGACUGGAAAAGGCUUAUCGAUGGUCCAAGAGUGAAGUCGACAGAGCCAAUCACCUCCGAUGCCAAUUCUGCCCAUAGGCCUGAAGCCACGAAGGACACUGAAGGUCCGAAUAUCAAUUCUCCAUGCGACGAUGCCCAGGUCUUGCAGUUCACACAUCAUUCUGCUGCUGAGGCGCGGGCUAUUAUCGGACGCGCCAGUCCCAGCGGACCUCAAAGUAUGGACCACCCAUUGGCCAACGUGCGCAUCACAUUGCUGAAUCGUGGAGUGCCACAAGUUUGCGCACGGAUUUAUCGCCUGCCCGGCUCAGGUCAAUUGCGCGAAAGCUGGCUGGCACUUCAUCCCAGCAUUCGAACUGGAAUGAAGCAACGCGGAUCAAAGGACAGCCUGCCACGGCUGCCAAAGAACGCACCAGUCGGUGUUGUGCAACGUCGCUUGGCUGCAUCACUAAUGGUCACGCCCACAGUUGGCGAUAGCAACUAUCCCACCUGCCCUGAUGAGGAAUAUCUGAUUGGCUUUGUCACCAAUGGCAACUUCAAUCUUGGUGAAGGGCAGGGCACAGGAAUUGGGGCUAUCCUGCUCAACAGAGUACAUGGUGCUGAUGCGGAGAGCAGUGUGUGUGUUGUGAGGAACGCGGGCACGAGCGUGGGCAGGCUCGCUCAGUGGGAAUUAGUCUGA